AUGCGGAGAUGCCGCUCUGUUGGAGACCUACAAUCUUCUAACCGUAGCGACGCUUCUAUCUCUUUCUCUUCAAUAAACCCGGAUAUCCGUCCAUACUCUCGUUCUUCAAGCAAAAAUUGCAUUCAGACACGUCUGUCAGAGACCCUCAUCUCCCCCUUCUUAUUUGGCGACCAAGUUUCUCCUAGAAAGGUACCUUCGUACUUUGAUAGAAGACGAGGCCAUGUUAGCCCGGUGUUGCAGAAGCAUGGCCGCCUAUCAUCACCAGACCGCUUUGUCUCAUCCAAUGGACCACAAUCCCCACCUGAAGUGCAGUAUCAUGUGAGCAAGCCUUGUGAUUUACUUUCGCCGUAUGAAAAAGCCCACCGAAUGCGUGAUCCGAAUGCAGAUGCGUUUUCUCUACCGAUAUCUGCCAGAGUGGUAACAAGUGCAGCACGUCAAACCACGGACCGUAGGCUUAUACCAUACCAGCGGCCCCGCCAUAUUGUAAAUCAAACAUUCCCCAGCGAUCCCUUUCGGACCUCUAGAGAUGAGCCGGGGGAGUCGGAAGAUGACAUUGAGCAGGGACAUCGCGAGGCUAGCGUUGGCGCAGUCUGGCUUGUUGGAGGCGUAUCUCAAGCAUUGUCCAACUCAAGGAGUCGUCUCGACCACAGUCGCAGCACAAUACAAACAGCUGCGCCGUGGUAUCCAGCAAAAUUUUCUCGCAAAGAAACCGAUGCAGAGCAGCAUCGUGUGCAUGAAACCCGUGUUGCUUUAGCCUUGGACCUUGACCCUGCUGCUAGAAUUCUUGAAGUUUCAGUACCGCAAUCCCCACCCGGUACGCCCUCUAAACCUACAUCGCCGAUAGAGUCUUGUUCUCUACAUGGCUGGAAGGAUGGUGAGUGGAUGAGAAGCGAUGGCCGUUUGUUCAGUAAGAAAUUUCUUUCUACUUUUAUACCCGCUAUGCUAUAUCUCAAAGCACAUCAGGCUAAGAUGAACGUAGAGUCGCACUAUAAUAUAACACAGAAGACUGACCAACCUUUGUCGAUUUUGCCAUUUCGUGUUUUGGACGCUCCAUUUUUACGUGACGAUUUCUACUCCAAGAUUCUUGCUUACUGUUACAAAACUCAUGUUCUUGCUGUUGGCCUUUCACUGCGAGUGUAUCUUUGGUCUGAGCAACAUGGAAUGAAAAUUCCUCCACUAAAAACAGCCAUAAGGAAUAAUUUUGUGACUUCGCUUUCAUUUUCUUCAAAGAAAGGCGGACGAAGCAUCCUGGCUGUAGGCCGGCGCUACGGUCAGCUUUCCCUGUGGAGUUCCUUUGACAUUGAUGUUCGAUUCCAAGAAACCUUCCCAAUAGGAGUUGCUUGUGUUACCUUUAAAGAUGAGCCCACCACCCAUCCGUCCGAGUUUUUUCCAGAAGUAUCGGUCUAUAUUGAACAUUUAGCCGUGGGAGAUGAUGGAGGGAACAUCUGGUAUUAUACUCUAGAGUGGACCAGUCCUAGGGUAAGGAAGAGACAUGGCUGGAACGGAAGCUUGACGCUCGUUGCUAAGAUAGCCGCACAUAAACAGCAGGUAUGCGGUCUUUCUUGGUCGCCUGACGGGAAGUUCCUUGCCAGUGGAGGCAAUGAUAAUGUAUGCCUCGUGUAUGAUACGUCAAAUAUCGUCACAGAGGAUCAAUUACCCAACUCACCACAUCUCGCUGUGGCGGGCAGUAACAUCCGGGGCCAUCUGCAACAAUUUACUCCCUUACAUCACUCAAACCAUAGUACCUUAUCUUUGCCGGCGGACUACCAGGGUCGAGACGAUGCAGAAGCAGAAGAUCAGGCAUCCGAGUCAUCAUUAGCGCAAACGGUUGUCAUCACUCGUAAUAGAGAGAGAUGUCGAUUGAAACACCGCGCCGCGGUCAAGGCAAUUGCUUUUGCUCCGUGGGAGCCAGCACUUCUCGCGACUGGGGGUGGGUCAAGUGAUCAGUGCAUACGCUUUUGGCAUGCUCCAACUGGAUGUCUCCUUGCCACCAUCAGGGUCUACGCCCAAGUUACUAGUCUCAUAUGGAGCAAGACACGACGCGAAAUAGCAGCCACCUUUGGAUAUCCUCAACCCCAUCACCCCUACCGCAUUGCUGUCUUUACAUGGCCAGAGUGUGAACAGGUCCUGGCUAUUCCUUGGGCAGUCGCUGAGGACUCUAGAGGCGUCGACGACGAUGUGCCCGGGCGGGCUAUCUGUGCUAUCACUUAUCCAGGCUCAAGUGAAGCUCCAAUUUAUAACAGAUCGCCAACUUCUUUAGUGCCCGCGGGUGUGUCUCAGACUUCUGGGGUCGUGGCUCAUGGCCUUUCACCUCAUAUAGAAGGUGCAUCUCCCGGUGAGGAGGGAGAUACAUUGUCCACUCGUAUGGUAAGCAGUCAGGACAGCCCCUCGCCAUCUCGAACAGCCUUAGAAGGGUGCAUCGUCAUUGCAGGUAGUGAUGAGAGUAUUCGAUUCCAUGAAGUUUGGAGAGGUGGUGCCAAAGGUUUGGGGGGGUGUACCGGCCUCUUUGGGGGAAGUCAAAUCCUAGAAAGCUUACAUGGCCUCGACACGAACGUGGAUUUGAAGGAAACCAUUCGAUAA